UUCCGUGUCAACGCCCUGUCACUGGUCUACCUACUCUUCCUGCUGCUCCUUCCCUGGGUCGAGGGUCCCACCCCGCGCACCGUCCGAGGUCACACUGGCCGCCUCCUCCGAGCCUUACUAUGCACCAGCCUUCUCUUCCUGGUGGCCCACCUGGCCUUCCAGAUCUGCCUGCACACCGUGCCCCGCCUGGACCAAUUGCUGGGACCCAGCUGCAGCUCCUGGGAGACCCUCUCCCGGCACAUCGGAGUCACUCGGCUGGAUGUGAAGGACAUCCCCAGUGCUGUGCGGCUGGUGGCCCCUGACCUGGGCAUCCUGGUGGUCUCCUCUGUGUGUCUCGGCCUCUGUGGACGCCUCACUCGGAAAGUCCAGCGCAGCCCGCACUCCCAGGAGCUGGAUGACGAUGAGAGAGAAGUGGCCCCUGGCACCGCAGUGAGCUCCCCGGAUGCCCAGGCACCAGCCCCUAAGCGGAGGUCCAGGCUGGCAGCCCGCUUCCGGGUCACAGCCCACUGGCUGCUAGUGGCUGCAGCACGGUUCCUGGCCAUCGUGCUGCUGGCUUUAGCAGGUAUCGCCCAGCCCUCGGCCCUCUCCAGUGUCUACCUGCUGGUCUUCCUGGCCAUCUGCACCUGGUGGGCCUGCCACUUCCCCAUCAGUGCCCGCGGCUUCAACGUGGUCUGCGUGCUGGUGGGCUGCUUUGGCGCUGGCCACCUCCUCUGUCUCUACUGCUACCAGGCACCCUACGCCCAGCAGCUGCUCCCGCCCUCCAGCGUCUGGGCCCGGGUGCUGGGCCUCAAGGACCUGGUGCGGCCAGUCAACUGCUCUAGCCCCAACACGCUGGAGCUGCACACGGGCCACGACUGGCCAGUGUACGUGAGCCCCGGACUGCUGCUGCUGCUCUACGGCGCCGUGACCUCCAUGCUCAAGCUGCGCAGGCACCCCCGCCCCGCCCAGAGGAAGGAGGAGGCCGGAGAGGAUGAGGACCAGGAAGUGGAGCUGACUGAAGUGGACCAGUGGCCCAAGGACCAGGCCAGUGUCAGGGAGGAGGAGGCCCAGGGUAUAAUGCCCCCCACGUCUGAGAUGGAGGCUGAUAACUGCAUCGUGCACGACCUCACGGCUCAGAGCCCUGUCCGGCAGCGUCUGUUGCGUCGCAGACAGGCCAAGCGGAGAGCACCGUCCCCCCUACAAGGACUCGGCCACCUCAUCAUGGACCAGAGCUACGUGUGCGCCCUUAUCGCCAUGAUGGUGUGGAGUAUCACCUACCACAGCUGGCUCACCUUCGUGCUCCUGCUCUGGGCCUGCCUCAUCUGGACGGUGCGCAGCCGCCACCAGCUGGCCAUGCUCUGCGCACCCUUCCUGCUGCUCUACGGCCUGGCGCUGUGUGGCCUGCGCUACGUGUGGGCCAUGGACCUGCGGCCAGAGCUGCCCACGAUGUUGGGCCCUGUCAGCCUACACCAGCUGGGCCUUCAGCACACUCGCUACCCCUGCCUGGACCUCGGCGCCAUGCUGCUCUACACCCUCACCUUCUGGCUCCUGCUGCGCCAGUUUGUCAACGAGAAGCUGCUGAGGAAGGGGCAGCCCGCGGCCGAGCUGACGGGGGUCACCGUGGCUGACGCAGAACCCACACAGACGCAGACUCUGCUGCGGAGUCUAGGGGAGUUGGUCUCAGGCGUGUACGCCAAGUACUGGAUCUACGUGUGUGCUGGCAUGUUCAUCGUGGUCAGCUUCGCCGGCCGCCUGGUGGUCUACAAGAUCGUCUACAUGUUCCUCUUCCUGCUCUGCCUCACCCUGUUCCAGGUCUACUACAGCCUGUGGCGGAAGCUGCUCAAGGUCUUCUGGUGGCUGGUGGUGGCCUACACCAUGCUGGUGCUCACGGCCGUCUACACCUUCCAGUUCCAGGACUUCCCCGCGUACUGGCGCAACCUGACCGGCUUCACAGACGAGCAGCUGGGCGACCUGGGUCUGGAGCAGUUCAGCGUGUCAGAGCUCUUCUCCAGCAUUCUCAUCCCCGGCUUCUUCCUGCUUGCCUGCAUCCUGCAGCUGCACUACUUCCACCGGCCCUUCAUGGAGCUCACCGACUUGGAGCACGUGCCCCUGCCAGGGAGCCACCCCUCCCGCCGGGCCUGCAGGCAGGACAUGGUGAUCGGUGCCACACUGCUGCAGCAGGACACCCUGGGGACCCCUGAGGAUAAGGCUGUCCCUGGCCAGGCCAAGCAGGGCCUGGAAGGUGAGCGCAGCAGGUGGGCCAGAGAGUGGCGGCCAGGGGCUGGAGGAGUCUCGGUGGGCCAGCUGUUCACAGCCCGUCCUCCCCCUGCAGCCUCGACCAACAAGUGGGGCCUGGUGGCUGAGCGGCUGCUGGAACUGGCGGCCCGCUUCUCGGCCGUGCGCGCCCGUGUGCAGGUCUUCGUCCGGCGCCUCCUCGAGCUGCAUACCUUCAAGCUGGUGGCCCUGUACACGGUUUGGGUGGCUCUGAAGGAGGUGUCAGUGAUGAACUUCCUGCUGGUGGUGCUAUGGGCCUUCGCCCUGCCCUACCCCCGCUUCCGGCCCAUGGCCUCCUGUCUGUCCACUGUGUGGACCUGCGUCAUCAUCGUGUGCAAGAUGCUCUACCAGCUGACAAUCGUCAACCCCCACGAGUACUCCAGCAACUGUACUGAGCCCCUCCUCAACAGCACCAACCUUCAGAAGACAGAGGUCAACCAGUCCCUCCUGUACCGGGGGCCUGUGGACCCCGCCAACUGGUUUGGGGUGAGGAAGGGCUUCCCCAACCUGGGCUACAUCCAGAACCACUUGCAGGUUCUGCUGCUGCUGGUGUUCGAGGCCAUCGUGUACCGACGGCAGGAGCACUACCGGCGCCAGUACCAGCUGGACCCACUGCCCGCCCAGGCUGUCUGUGUGGAUGGCACACGCCAUCGGCUCGACGCAGACCUGCUCAGCUGCCUCAAGUACUUCGUCAACUUCUUCUUCUACAAAUUUGGGCUGGAGAUCUGCUUCCUGAUGGCCGUGAACGUGAUUGGUCAGCGCAUGAACUUCAUGGUCAUCAUGCACGGCUGCUGGCUGGUGGCCAUCCUUACCCGCCGGCGCCGUAGGGCCAUCGCCUGCCUCUGGCCCAACUACUGUCUCUUCCUCGCUCUCUUCCUCCUCUACCAGUACUUGCUGUGCCUGGGUAUCCCGCCUGCCCUGUGCCUGGACUACCCUUGGCGCUGGAGCCAGGCCAUUCCUAUGAACUCUGCUCUCAUCAAGUGGCUGUACUUGCCUGACUUCUUCAGGGCACCCAACUCCACCAACCUCAUCAAUGACUUCCUCCUGCUGCUCUGUGCCUCCCAGCAGUGGCAGGUGUUUGGGGCUGAGAACACCCAGGAGUGGCAGAACAUGGCCGGUGCCAACACAGACCACGUCGAGCCACUGCAGGGAGAGCCCAACCCUGUACCCAACUUUAUUCACUGCAGGUCCUACCUGGACAUGGUGAAGGUGGCCGUCUUCCGCCACCUCUUCUGGCUGGUGCUGGUGGUGGUGUUUGUCACGGGGGCCACACGCAUCAGCAUCUUCGGCCUGGGCUACCUGCUGGCCUGCUUCUACCUGCUGCUCUUUGGCACCGCGCUGCUGCAGAAGGACACACGUGCCCGCCUCGUGCUGUGGGACUGCCUCAUCCUCUACAACGUCACCGUCAUCAUCUCCAAGAACAUGCUCUCUCUCCUGUCCUGUGUCUUUGUGGAGCAAAUGCAGAGCAGCUUCUGCUGGGUCAUCCAGCUCUUCAGUCUCGUGUGCACCGUGAAGGGCUAUUACGACCCCAAGGCAAUGGCCACCAAGGACCAGGACUGCGCACUGCCCGUGGAGGAGGCUGGCAUCAUCUGGGACAGCGUCUGCUUUUUCUUCCUGAUGCUGCAGCGCCGUAUCUUCCUCAGUGACUACUUCCGGCAUGUGGCCGCUGACCUCCAGGCCACCGCCCUGCAGGCCUCCAGAGGCUUCGCCCUGUACCAUGCCGCCAGUCUGAAGAGCAUCGAAGCUCACCGCAAAGCUGAGGAGAAGUCCCUAGCGCAGCUGAAGAGACAGAUGGAGCGCAUCCGUGCCAAGCAGGAGAAGCACCGGCAGGGCCGGGCAGGCCAGGACUUCCCUGAGGACCCCGAACGCCCGAGCCAGGAGCCAGGGCCCGGCCGUCCAGGGGACGCCUCUCCACCACGGAGACAAUGGUGGCGGCCCUGGCUGGACCACGCAACAGUGAUCCACUCAGGCGACUACUACCUGUUCGAGUCGGACAGUGAGGAGGAGGAGGAGACCCAGCCAGAGGACACCCGGCCAUCGGCACCGAGCGCCUUCCAGAUGGCGUACCAGGCGUGGGUGACCAAUGCCCAGACGGUCCUGAGGCGGCGGCGGCAGGAGCAGGCACAGAUGCAGGCUGGACAGGCCCUCGAGGGAGGUGGCCCCAGUGAAGAGCUGGAACCAGCAGAGGGACUGGAGGAUGAGGUGGCAGGCCGCAGCCACGUGAUGCAGAGGGCAGUGAGCACAGCGCAGUUCCUGUGGGUGCUGGGCCAGGCCAUGGUGGACGGCCUGACCCGCUGGCUACAGGCCUUCACACGGCAUCACCGUAACAUGAGCGACGUGCUGCGGGCCGAGCGCUACCUCCUCACACAGGCGCUGCUGCAGGGCAGACAGGUGCACCGAGGGGUCCUGGACCAGCUGUAUUCCAGCGAGGACGAGAACGAGCCCUCUGACCUGGCCUACCGCCCCGAGGCGCCCAGCACAGCGUCAAGCGGGCUGGGGGCUGAGGAGCCACUGAGCAGCACGACGGAGGACACCAGCAGCCCGCAGACCACCGGCUACAACACCCGCAGCAAUAGCCAGGAGCUCGUGGCUGACCCCCCAAGUCCAGACACUGACCCCUCCCGCCGAGGCUCACGGGAGCUACUAGCCAGUGAGCGCACACGCAUGCGCACGGCCAGCGAGCUGCUACUCAACAGGCGCCUGCGCAUCCUGGAGCUGGAGGAGGCCGAGCGGUUUGCGGCCGGGCAGGGCCGAGUGCUGCGGCUGCUGCAGGCCGGGUACCAGUGCGUGGCUGCCCACUCGGAGCUGCUCUGCUACUUCGUCAUCAUCCUCAACCACAUGGUCACCGCCUCGGCCGUGUCCCUGGUGCUGCCCGUGCUGGUCUUCCUGUGGGCCAUGCUGUCCAUCCCACGGCCCAGCAAGCGCUUCUGGAUGACGGCCAUCGUCUUCACAGAGGUCACCGUGGUCACCAAGUACCUCUUCCAGUUUGGCUUCUUCCCCUGGAACAGCUACGCCGUGCUCCGGCGGCGUGAGAACAAGCCCUACUUCCCGCCCCGCAUCCUGGGGCUCGAGAAGACCGACGGCUACCUCAAGUACGACCUGGUGCAGCUCAUGGUCCUCUUCUUCCACCGCUCCCAGCUGCUGUGCUAUGGCCUCUGGGACCACGAUGAUGACCGGCCCCCCAAGGAGCCCACCCGAGGUGGUGGGAAGGAGAAGGAGGCUGGGGAGGAACCAACAGCCCUGCUGGGGCCCCAGAUGGAGGUAGUGGAGGCCGGGACGCCACUCGAGGAUGAUGGCCAGGUUAAAGCUAGGACAAGGCCGGAGGACAAGGUCCCAGAGCCCAGCGUGGAGGCCAAGUCCGUCCGCUCGAAGCACAUCAGCCUGCGUUUCAGGAGGAAAAGGAAGAGCCCUGAGACAGAAGCCACGGUCACCCCGACCCACGAGGAGGAGGAGGAGGCAGCCUUGGCCGCUGGGACAGCCAAGAAGCCGAGCCACUCCCGGGAGAGGGUGAAGGCAGCCGGGCUGUGGCUCCAGAGCGCCUGUGUGUCAGUGGCCCGGAGCAUGUACCAGCCCCUGUGUCACUUCUUCUACGACAUUCUGCACACCAAGUACCGCGCAGCCACCGACGUCUAUGCACUCAUGUUCCUGGCCGACGUGGUCGACUUCAUCAUCAUCGUCUUCGGCUUCUGGGCCUUUGGGAAGCACUCGGCGGCCACCGACAUCACGUCCUCGCUGUCCGACGACCAGGUGCCCGAGGCCUUCCUGGUCAUGCUGCUGAUCCAGUUCAGCACCAUGGUGGUGGACCGCGCCCUCUACCUGCGCAAGACCGUGCUGGGCAAGCUGGCCUUCCAGGUGGUGCUGGUGCUGGCCAUCCACCUGUGGAUGUUCUUCAUUCUGCCGGCCGUAACCGAGAGGAUGUUCAGCCAGAACGCAGUGGCCCAGCUGUGGUACUUCGUCAAGUGCAUCUACUUCGGGCUGUCCGCCUACCAGAUCCGCUGCGGCUACCCUACCCGCAUCCUGGGCAACUUCCUCACCAAGAAGUACAACCACCUCAACCUCUUCCUCUUCCAGGGGUUCCGCCUGGUGCCGUUCCUGGUGGAGCUGCGGGCGGUCAUGGACUGGGUGUGGACAGACACCACACUGUCCCUGUCCAACUGGAUGUGUGUGGAGGACAUCUAUGCCAACAUCUUCAUCAUCAAGUGCAGCCGGGAGACGGAGAAGAAGUACCCACAGCCCAAAGGACAAAAGAAGAAGAAGAUCGUCAAGUACGGCAUGGGCGGCCUCAUCAUCGUCUUCCUCAUCGCCAUCAUCUGGUUCCCGCUGCUCUUCAUGUCGCUGGUGCGCUCCGUGGUGGGCGUGGUCAACCAGCCCGUCGAUGUCACGGUCACCCUCAAGCUGGGCGGCUACGAGCCCCUGUUCACCAUGAGUGCCCAACAGCCAUGCAUCGUCCCCUUCACGGCCCAGGCCUACGAAGAGCUGUCCAAGCAGUUUGACCCUCACCCGCUGGCCAUGCAGUUCAUCAGCCAGUACAGCCCCGAGGACAUCGUCACUGCGCAGAUUGAGGGCAGCUCAGGGGCACUGUGGCGCAUCAGCCCGCCCAGCCGGGCCCAGAUGAAGCGGGAGCUGUACAACGGCACCUCAGAUAUAACGCUGCGCCUCACCUGGAACUUCCAGAGAGACUUAGCCAAGGGUGGGACGGUGGAGUACACCAACGAGAAGCACACCCUGGACCUGGCCCCCAACAGCACUGCCCGGCGGCAGCUGGCCAGCCUGCUCGAGGGCACCUUGGACCAGUCUGUGGUCAUCCCCCACCUUUUCCCCAAGUACAUCCGUGCCCCCAACGGCCCGGAAGCCAACCCCGUGAAGCAGCUGCAGCCCAACGAGGAGGACGAUUACCUGGACGUGCGGAUCCAGCUGCGCAGGGAGCGUGUGGGCACGGGGUCCGACGGCUUCCUUGAGUGGUGGGUGGUCGAGCUGGAGGAUUGCAGGACCGACUGUAACCUGCUGCCCAUGGUCAUCUUCAGUGACAAGGUCAGCCCGCCCAGCCUCGGCUUCCUGGCGGGCUACGGGAUCAUGGGCCUCUACGUGUCCAUUGUGCUGGUCAUCGGCAAGUUCGUGCGUGGCUUCUUCAGCGAGAUCUCGCACUCGAUCAUGUUUGAGGAGCUGCCCUGUGUGGACCGCAUCCUCAAGCUCUGUCAGGACAUCUUCCUGGUGCGGGAGACGCGCGAGCUGGCGCUCGAGGAGGAGCUCUACGCCAAGCUCAUCUUCCUGUACCGCUCCCCCGAGACCAUGAUCAAGUGGACGCGUGAGAGGGACUAG